CCUCCUUAACUUCAGUCCCAAGAUAAUAUUAUAACAAUGAUGAAGGAUACUUCAUAUUACGAUGUAUUGGGUGUCAAUGUUGAUGCAUCUGCUGCUGAAAUCAAGAAGGCUUAUUACCGAAAAGCAAGGCAAGUUCACCCCGAUAAAAACCCCGGGGAUCCAAAAGCUGAUGAUAAAUUUCAUGAACUCUCUGAGGCUUACCAGGUUCUAAGCGAUUCUUCAAAACGUGAACAAUAUGACAAACAUGGAAAGGCAGGACUCCAACAAGACUCCAUGAUGGAUCCUGCAGCCGUGUUUGGAAUGGCUUUCGGAAGUGAAUACUUCGACGAAUAUGUCGGACAACUACAAAUGGCUACUUUGGCAUCCGUUGAACUUGAAGAUACUUCACUAGAUAGGGAAGCUCGUUUGCAAAGGCUUAAGGAAAAGCUUGCGGCAUUGCAGAAAGAAAGGGAAGAAAGGCUUAUCAAAACACUGAAAACCAGGCUUCAGCCGUACGUUGAUGGUUAUACCACUGAGUUCAUUGAUUGGGCGAAUUCUGAAGCACAGCGACUUUCAAAAGCCGCAUUUGGUGAGCAAAUGCUACAGACUAUAGGAUACAUUUACACGAGGAAAGGUGCGAGUGAACUCGGCAAAGAAACGUAUAUGAUGGUACCCUUUUUUGCUGAAUGGGUGCGCGAUAAAGGUCACCGUGUGAUAUCACAAGUAAUUGCAGCCUCAGGUGCUGUUAAUUUAAUUCAGAUACAAGAAGAACUGAAGAAAGCGACACAAGGAGAACACGCAGAAGAAAACUUAAUGAAAACCUUUGAAGAUAAAAAGGAUGCCAUGCUUCAAUCCCUCUGGAAGAUCAAUGUGGUUGAUAUUGAAACAACUUUAUCUAAUGUUUGCUUAGCAGCACUUGAAGACCCUGAUGUACCCAAGGAAGUUCAGGUUUUACGAGCCAAAGGAUUGAAAACACUUGGAUCAAUUUUUGAAGUACGAAUUUCUCAAGAGUCUUGUAGUUCAGCUUGA